AAUAAUAAUAAUGUUAUCAACAAAUCAAUUAAUUAAAAAUGAUUUAAUUAUACCACAAAUUAAUAUAAUUAAUGUGGUAUAUUUUAUUAUAAUAAUAUUAAAUGUAAAUUUAAAAAAAAAUUUCAUAUAUUGUUCAGGAUCAUUAUUACCAGUUGUUAAUCAUAAUAAUAGUUAUAGUAGUUCAUUAGUUAAAAGUAGUUUGGGUUUUCCAAUGAUGCAAUUAAAUGAUGAUCAUCAUAUAUGUACAAAAGAAGAGAAUUAUACAGAAAUAAUACAAGUACCAGUACAACAACCAGUUAGAAUUCGUACACAAACAUGGUGUUUUGAGGUACCACCAAGAUGUUCAAAUUAUCGUACAGAAAUACGUGAAGUAAUUAAAGUUGAGAAUAUAACAAGAACACGCACAAUUCGUUUUUGCUGUGAAGGUUAUGCUGGAGUGUUAUCAGCUAAUGAAACUAUUUGUAAGCCAAUUUGCCGUGGUGGUUGUGGUAGAGGAUAUUGCAGAUCCCCAGAUGUCUGUAAAUGUGAUCUCGGUUAUAUUGGAAAACAUUGCACUCAAAGAUGUUCUCACGAUAGGUGGGGUGAAGAUUGCUCAAAUCAUUGUCAUUGUCGUAAUGGUGGAGUAUGUGAUAAUAAAAAUGGUGCUUGCCGUUGUUCAAGUGGUUGGAUUGGAGAAACAUGUGAACAAACUUGCGCACCUGGAUUUUAUGGUUAUAUGUGCAAAAAGCUGUGUGAAUGUAGCUCAGAACGCUGCAAUCCUCAAACAGGAGAAUGCAUAUCAAAAGAAUCAAAUGAUAAUUCACUUAAAAAGAAUUUACAAACUAUAAAAGCUGCUUCAGAUUUAUUAAGUGAUUCAAUAAAAUCUCAAUCAAAAGAAAUUGUCCAAUCGACAACUAAUACACGACAAUCUAUUCUUACAACAGAACCAAUAAUCAUAAAACAAAAAGAUAUUGAAAAGGAGACAUUUCAAAGAACAUAUAUUGAAUUUGGAAUACCUAGAAUUUCUGCAAUGGAUUUUACAACAGAACAAAAUAUGGCUGAAUUAAUUUUAUAUAAGCAGGAUAAUGUUGCAGAUAAUACACAUUUAGAUUCAAAUCCUAAUCAUAUAUCACCAGUUGUUGUUACAAAUAUACCAACAGAACUAGAAGAAGAUGAAUUAACGAGAUUAAAUCCAAGAGUAAUUCAUGUUAUUGAUUGGCAACAACAACAUCAUUCAAAUUCAGAUAGCAAUAUAACAUUUAUACCUAAUGAUGAUGAUAUAGAUUUUACAAAUACAUUUGAAAAAAGUUAUUCAGGUGUUAUAACAUCUUUGGCACUAUUUUUAAUUGUGUUAAUUGUAUCUGGAAUUGCAUUUUUAAUAUUUCAUAAGCGACAAAAUAACAAUGUCAAUAAUUCAACAUAUUUGAGUAAAACUACAGGAAAUAGUGGCAGUAGUACAACAAUGGUAACAACAAAUGCAGAAAAUUUUAAAACAUUUAUUCAACCUUUACCUGAUCUACCGGCAUUUACACAAAAUCUACGUAAAGCUAAUGAAGAUGGAAUGCUCUGCUUUUAUGUAGUUCCAGAAUUCUAUGAUAGUCCAACGAAUAAUUCAGCUGUUGUUAAAAGUACAUAUACAACAACAUAUGGUACACCGGGACCAUUAUAUUCAAGUGUUGGACCAAAAUUACAUCGAAAGGAAAGCUUAGAGAAUCAUCUGUAUGAUGAGAUACGUUAUCCGACUGUAAAAAGCUGUAGAAGCUCAGAUCCAGUGCCUCUUUGUGGACAACUUGGAAUUAAAACAAAACAGCAUUCUGCACAAAAUAAUCAAGCAUAUGAAUUAUAUUCAUUAAAUCAUUAUCAAAAUGUUAAUCAUACGGCUGGAGGUAGUGUAAAUUAUACAUAUGGUGCAGGAUCAUCAAAUAAUAUUAAUAAUUAUGAUAUGCAAUAUCCACCUUUACAUCAUGGUAGCGGUGGAAGACCGCAACCAUAUCCUGGACAACCUAAUAGUGGAUCACUUGUUGUUGUUGAUAAAACAGUAAAAUUUUUGAAUGAAACAAGAUCUAAAAUGGCAUCUGGUGUCUGUUAUAAGGAAGUUAAAACUGUAACAUUAGUAUCAGCUGGGGAAAUACCAAAAGGAAAUGGGUCAGAUCCAACACUUAGUAAAAUUCGUGUAUGUUGUGAUGGUUAUGAAAGAAACGUUCAUAAUUUCUUACAAUGUGAUCCAAUAUGUAAGAAUGAUUGCAUAAAUGGAAUUUGUGUUGCACCGGAUGUUUGUGUAUGUUAUCCAGAUCAUGUACGCAAUUACGCUGGAUAUUGUUUACCAACAUGCCCAAUAGGUUGCGGUAAUGGUGUAUGUCAAGAUGACGGAUCCUGCUUAUGUAAACCAGGCUAUGAAUUAGAUCAUUUUAGUAAGAAAUUCUGUGCACCAGUUUGUUCAAAUGGUUGCCGUAAUGGUAAUUGUACAGCACCAGAAGUAUGCGAAUGUUCUAAUGGUUUUGAAUUAAGUGAUCAUGGUUCAUGUGAUCCAAAAUGUGAUAAUUGUGAGAAUGGUAAAUGUAUUGAACCGGGUGUUUGUACAUGUUUAAGCGGUUAUCAAAGAAAAAAUGAUAAAUGUGAACCAAUUUGUACAAAGGAAUGUAAAAAUGGUUUUUGUGCUGCACCAGAUAUAUGUGGUUGUAAUCCAGGAUGGGUACUUGAUGCAUCUGCAACAAAUUGUGUUGCACAUUGUGAUCAACCAUGUUUAAAUGGAUUUUGUUCUGGUAACAAUGUUUGCUCUUGUCAUACCGGUUAUAUACAAGAUGAAGUUAAUCCAAAUUUGUGUAGACCACAUUGUCCUGGCGGUUGUCCAAAUGGUUUUUGUACAAGUCCUAAUUAUUGUAUUUGCAAAGCUGGAUUUGUUAAGAGUGGCGUUAAGGGAAGAACACAAUGUACUCCAAUCUUUUCUAUAUGCUGUCACUUAAAUAAAAAUUAUAAUAAUAUACGGGCGUUUAUAUUAAAAAUAAUUAAAAGGAAAAAAAAUAAAUUAAAAAUGUUAUUAAAAUUUUUAACUAUAGCGAUUUUAUUAAAUUUUAAAUCAGAAUUUUGUUAUGCAACACCAUCAGAGAAAAUCAGAACGUGUCCCGAUGGUUUUAAAACAGUUGUUGUAGAUGGAAAUACUGAAUGUUUAGCCCAAUGCCAGAAACCAUGUGUAAAUGGAUUUUGUUCUGCUGUAGAUGUAUGCAGCUGUUAUUCAAGUUUUGAAUUGGAUCAUAAUGAUAAAUUUAAAUGUGUAUUAAAACCAACAAUACUUCCACCAAUAACAGCAACUACUACUGUAAGUACAACAACAACAAAAGUAAGUAGUAUUAAAAAAGAAAGAGAUGUUGUAAUAUUUGGUGAUGUAGCUGUUGAUACCAAUGGAUCAAAUGAAUUAAUAACAACAACUACAACUGGUUAUCCAAUAACAACAACUACUGAUAAUCCAAUAACCUCAACAACUGAUAAUACGGUAACGGGUACAACAGAUUUAAAUUUAGAUGUAACAACAAUAUUUUUGAUAGAUCAAGAUGUUUCCGGAAAUUAUUCAAAAAUAGAAAAUGAAAGAAUAAUUGAUACUACAUUGGAAUGUGAAAGAAAUUGUUCUGAAAUCAAUGGUGAAUGCGGUACUAAUGGUACAUGCAUUUGUAAAAUAAAUUGGGAAUAUAAUAAUGACAAAAAACUAUGUGUUGAAAAGGAUAAUGAUGAAAAUGCUAAUGAUAAUUAUAAAAAUGAUUUAUCAAAAUCAGAAGAAAAUGAUCAUGAUAAUUUCUAUAUUAUUGGUUAUGUAAUAAUUGCAUUAAUAAUUUUAUUGGCAAUAUUGAGUGCAGUAAUUAUUUAUUUACUAUUAAGGGAGACAGGAAGUAAUUAUAAUGUCAGCAAAUAUGAGAAAAGAUUUGGUUCAAGAUACGGAAACGGAAAUGAUACGGAAAUGCAAGAAGUUCCUUUAAAAAAAGGUUCAGAUAACAACUAUUAUGAUGCAGAUAGAUUUCUGGAUGAUCGAAAAUUCGUUUGAAUUAAUUAUUUAUCAAAAAAAGAAAAUUACAUUUUAAUAAUUAUUUUCAUAAAAACA